UUACUCAGCUCCAGCCAGCGUUGACAACUCUGAUUUUCCUUUAAAUACACACAAAAAAAGAUCAACAGAUCUGCAGAAUUUUCAUUUUUCUUCUCUAUUAAACUAAUCUUCCAAAAGGGUAGUCGCUGAAAGCUUGGAGGUCCAAUGGCGAUUGGUAUGAAACAGAUGUCUAUGAUAAUAGCCACCCUUGGUGUUUUAUCCUUUAUAUUUGGAGUUAUCGCUGAAAACAAGAAGCCUGCAGCUGGGACUGCAAUAUCAGGAAAAGGCGUUGUUAUUUGUAAAUACAAGUCUGAUCCUACUGUUGCCUUGGGCUAUUUGUCUUUUGUUUUUCUUGCUGCAUCUUCUGUGGCCGGUUUUCUGUCUUUGUUUUAUCCAUAUCAAGGAAAGUCAGUUCCACAAGCUGCUUUGCUGAGAAACACUAGUUUUGUCGUGUUCUUAAAUAUUGCAUUGGGCACAACUGGUUUAGCAGCAACAUUGUUGUUGUGGCCUACAAUCACCGAGCAACUUCAUAUCACACGCAACAUUCAUCACAACUUGCAGACCGAUUGCCCAACUGCCAAGACCGGUCUUCUAGGUGGAGGUGCCUUCUUGUCUCUUGAUUCCGCGCUCUUCUGGUUGGUGGCUUUGAUGUUAGCUGAUAACGCUCGUGAGGAUUAUUUCCAAGAAACGAAUGUCAAGGGCGAGCCGAAAGCAAGUUAUGCAGAUGAUGAAAUUAUCAAGAGCAGUGCUUAAAGUUAUAUACACU